GGCCGGACGGACUGAGCGGCGGCGGCCCCCGCGCCCCGGUGUCCCUAUGGGGGAAGCAGACAAUGGAUUAUGAUUUCAAGGCGAAGCUGGCGGCGGAGCGGGAGCGGGUGGAGGAUCUGUUCGAGUACGAGGGCUGCAAAGUGGGACGCGGCACCUACGGGCACGUCUACAAGGCGAGGCGGAAGGACGGAAAAGAUGAAAAGGAGUACGCCCUGAAGCAAAUCGAAGGUACAGGGAUAUCCAUGUCAGCCUGCAGAGAGAUCGCACUUCUCAGAGAACUGAAGCAUCCUAACGUGAUCACCUUGCAGAAGGUGUUCCUUUCUCACAGCGACAGGAAGGUGUGGCUGCUGUUUGACUAUGCGGAGCAUGACCUUUGGCAUAUUAUUAAGUUUCACCGUGCAUCUAAAGCAAACAAAAAGCCCAUGCAGUUGCCGAGGUCGAUGGUUAAGUCCCUGCUCUACCAGAUUCUCGAUGGCAUCCAUUACCUCCACGCAAACUGGGUGCUUCACAGAGACCUGAAACCAGCAAAUAUCCUAGUAAUGGGAGAAGGUCCUGAAAGGGGGAGAGUCAAAAUAGCUGACAUGGGUUUUGCCAGACUAUUCAAUUCUCCUCUAAAGCCUCUCGCAGAUUUGGAUCCUGUGGUUGUGACAUUUUGGUAUCGGGCCCCAGAACUUUUACUCGGUGCCAGGCAUUAUACGAAGGCCAUUGAUAUAUGGGCAAUAGGCUGCAUAUUUGCUGAAUUGUUGACUUCAGAGCCUAUUUUUCACUGUCGUCAGGAGGAUAUAAAAACAAGCAAUCCUUUUCAUCAUGAUCAACUAGAUCGUAUAUUUAGUGUCAUGGGGUUUCCUGCAGAUAAAGACUGGGAAGAUAUUAGAAAAAUGCCAGAGUACCCAACACUUCAAAAAGACUUUAGAAGAACAACAUACGCCAACAGUAGCCUCAUAAAGUACAUGGAGAAACACAAGGUCAAGCCCGACAGCAAGGUGUUCCUCUUGCUUCAGAAACUCCUCACCAUGGAUCCAACGAAGAGGAUCACCUCAGAGCAGGCUCUGCAGGACCCUUACUUUCAGGAGGACCCCUUGCCCACGUUAGAUGUGUUUGCUGGCUGCCAGAUUCCAUACCCGAAAAGAGAGUUCCUUAAUGAAGAUGAACCAGAGGAGAAGGGAGACAAGAAUCAGCCCCAGCAGCAAAAUCCACAUCAGCAGCCCGCAGCCCCCCCACAGCAGCCCGCAGCCCCCCCACAGGCGCCUCCACCACAGCAGAGCAGUGCCCAAACCAAUGGGGCUGCAGGGGCAGCUGCGGCCACCGUGGCUGGUGCUGGAUCAGGGCUGCAGCUCAGCCAGGACCCCAGCCUGAAUCAGGUGCCUCCCAACAAGAAGCCCCGGAUUGGGCCUUCGGGUGCAAGCGCAGGCGGGCCGGUUAUGCCGUCGGAUUAUCAGCACUCCAGUUCCCGCCUGAAUUACCAAAGCAGCGUUCAGGGGUCUUCCCAGUCCCAGAGCACGCUAGGCUACGCCUCAUCUCAACAGAGUACACAGUACCACCCUCCUCACCAGACCCACCGGUACUGACCCACAGCCUCUGCCUGGCCAGGGCGGCGCCAAAGUCUCCAGCAGGGUGGUGUCUCCAUGCAAAACUCAGAUGGUGAGAGGAAACCAUUGCACACUGAGUGUUUGGAAGGACUGAUACCUCCUCUUCUCGACUUGAAGAAGAUCUUGUGAAGUGUCCCCAGCCCGCGUCCCCGCAUGAACUCCUCGGCGACUCCCUGAUGAAGCCUCUGAUCUGCCCCAGCACGUCUGUCCUCUUCAGCAGCUUCUGAAGGAGUUUCUGGUGCACCUUUCUCACGCUGUAGCAAUCAUGUAAUUUAUCUUUUCUUAAGACUCCAGUGUUUUAGGAACAGGGUUCCGUGGUGUAUAGUUUUAUACUUCAUGAACUGAUUUAGCAACAUAAGUCAAAUGCACCUUUUAAAGCACUGCAGUCUCCACAGACUAACGGCUUUGCUCUUGGAAGUCUUUAAAAAGAAACUUUACCGUCCCAAAGUACUUUACUAUUGCGUUUUUAUUUAUCUCUUUCAGGGAAGGUCUAGUGAAAGACCAUUGUGGGACAGGGGUACCCACACCCAAACACAGCGUCGAUGUUUGCAGCUGCCACGCUUACACUUACGCCAUGAAGAACUGAAGUAGUCAGUGGUUUUUAUGUGAUUGUUCAUGUGGAACUUAGUUCCCAGGAUCAUCAUACUCUGAAUAACAUUCAGUAAUUAAAAAUUAUAAUUUUAACCUUCAUGUAGCUAAGUCUACUUUAAAAGGGGGUUUCAAGAGCUUUGAUGGAAAAGGUCCUUUGGGGCCCGCGUGGGAAGUCUGAGAGAUUGUUAACUGCACUAGGACUUCACCGAGGCGUCGUGCUGAUCAAAGACAGCUGUUCCUCUCGAAGGAGAGCAGCUUCUUCAUGUGUAUCAUUGGGCAUUGGCUUCUCCAAGGGAGAUGUUGAUUCCUUCAGUCUCCACAUCUGGGUCAGCAUGAGUGACUUUCUUACAUAAUCAAGAUAAUCAAGGAUACUUAAAUCAAAGCCUAUUCAUUCAUCCGCAGUGGUUUCCAUUUGUAUUUACAUUAGGCAUAGAGUGGCUAUUUUUAAAGCAUGUUUAAAAUUUUAGGUUUUAUUCAUGUUCAAAGUAUGUAUUCCGUGUGCAUAAUUUUGCUGUUGUUACUUAACGCUGUCAAGGACCUUGUCAAUUGCACUGAAUGCUUUCUUUUGCCCCUAGGAGAAAACUUAAUAAUUGUGCCUAAAAACUAUGGGCAGAUAGUGUAGAGUAGAUGAGGUGAAUAUUUGCAUUUCCGUGAUCUACGAAUUAGAGGGGGUUCUCUUUUUAGCUACUUCUAAGGAAUCCCUCACCCUCCAGAGUCAAGAGGAAAUGUGACAGCGUGGAGCUCCCGUCGUAGUGCAGGAGCAAGAGCGUCUGUUCCCAUGCUGCUAGCAGCAUCAGCCUUGUUUUCAAUGUUUCUGGAGCUAGAAAAAAUAGCCCAUUGUUGUAUAUGCAAACUAUAUGCAUUUUUAAAAACUAUUCUUGUGAACUUAUCUACCUGGUUAUGAAACUCUGGGGUCCAUAUUCAAGUAAAAUAAGGUUUUCGAAGCCAGUAUACAUUUUGCACUACUGAUGUGAUACUGUAGCCAGCCAGGACAGUGCUGAUUUCAGCAUAAUAAUGCUGACAAAUAGUAAUAAAGGGUGUGUGGUGACAGCAUUCCAAGACUGAAGAGGAAGUCAUUGGCAUGCUUCCCUGGGAGGAGCUUCUGUCUGGCUCCAUAUGUUUUUAUCCCUUGUGUGUUUUAAAAUAAGAAUCAGCCUCCUGCGUAAUGUAGCUUCGUGUGUAAAGUUCUGUCUGGUGCUCUGGAGCCUCUGUCCAGGGUCACUGGUCCUUACUACAGGCUCACUGCUCUGCAGGGCAGAAAAACAAAGAACAAGACGCAUUCCUUGUUCCAGCCAAUUCAGUGACCAUAGAUAAGCUCGUGUGGGAUGUCUGUGCCAUGUGACUGACGUGUGUCAUGUGAUAUGAAGGGCCUUUUGUUUACUUCUGAACCCACUUGGACAAUUAAUUAUACUUCUGAAUUUAUAGUAAACAGUGUUACAGGGAAGCAGGUAUGUAGCUGCCCACUUAAGGAGAAAGCCAGAAAGCCAGUGAUUAACUGUCACCAAAGGCAUCUAUGCAUAUUUGAAAUGUUCACAGCAGCCUUCAGCAGCAAUUGGGUGGGCCUUGCGUACAGAGUACAUUCUACCAGGCAGUUGCAGGAAAUCACGGAAAACAGAAGCUCUGUCCUUGCCCUUGGUGAGCUCACGUUUAAUAAAAGAUAUUAGGCCCAGUCUGUAUAUAAAACAAAAUACCAACAGCUCUUUGUACGAAAACUGGACACCUGAUUCUGGCAGUGUGCACUUACACAUUCACAGGACGCCCUGGUAAAACUGAUGCACACAGAAGGGACCUCGUCAGUUGCUUCCAGCGUUAGAGUUUUCCAGGACGUAGGCAGCCAGCAAACGCAGCCUGCACACAGCUGGGCCCCACAUCUCCGCGCUGCUUCUGACCCUUCGCUUUUCUCUUCUUGCCUCAGGGUUGGUGAUGCAUAUCUGCGCCCAGUACUCUUAGAAGUAACUUUUGCUCCUUAUUUCCUUUCUCUGUAAAGGAAGGCAAAGCUUUUCAUAUGAGGUAGGGCCAUAGUCCAUGGGGUGGGACCUGUGACACUUCUUAAGGGUAGAGUUUACCUCUGUGAGCCUCAAGUGAGUCCUUCCCUCUUUGAACAUUUAUUAGAUACUGUUUUGCCCUGUGAGGACACAGCGGCAUCCUCAGACUUAUGGGGAACCUGGGAGUCCAGGGCGGUAUUGAAAGAUUGAGUUGAAAGGUUUCUGUUCUUUUAACUAGAGAUCACUUUUAGAGGGAGCUUUGUGGAGGGGUGUUUGGAUGGGGACAGACUAGCUGGAAGUAAGGUAGCUUGGGCCUGGGCUGGUAAAUACGAGGCUGGAACAAUCCUUUUGACGAAGCAGACCAUGAAGUGAGGUGCAAAAAUCCAGGACAUGUUUACUUUUAUGUCUGUGCUUUUGAGACCAGGAUUUAGAAUUCUGCCAGUCUGCACUGUUGCACUGAAACAUAACUGAUACCUGUAAGACAGGAAGGGAUGGCAGCCACGUGCAUACAUGUUCCCUGCCUCAGCCUGGUGUACAAGUUGCUCGUUGUUCUCUGCGCCUCUGAAAGGGUGCUCUCUCCGUUGCUAAAGGGAAAGGGAAUUGAGAGUAAGGUUUGAAGCCUGCUUUGCUUUUGAGUUGUUGGUAUGUAGCCUCGGCUGCACACAGAGGAAGACUUGUGUGUGUCUUCAGCUCAGCGUUGCGCCGUAGGAGACGGGGAAGGCAGUAGUAGAUGGCCAUUGGGCUCAACGGAGGCUUGAAGGAGUCAAGUACAAGUCAUAAUUUUAUAUAAAAUGUAGCGGUUAGGUCCCCAUAAUCACCGAGAGUAGUUAUGACCAUCAUAACCCCACAGGUCAGUGUUUGAGGACUCUGCUUUGCGCCCCCCUGCCUUGCCGGGAGGAAGUGCUGCCUAUGUGUUAUACGGGAAAUUACCUAAUGCACUGUUAUCACCUAUAGUGAGUAAAUUAAGACUAUUUAAUUUUUUUAAAGCUUUGUCUGGGUAGACACUAAAAGCAUUAUACAAAGCCAGGACUGAGGUGUCCUUUUUAAUAACAACUGAAAGUACUUUUUAUAUAUGUUAUAUACAGUAUGUCCUUUCUAAACUAGUUUGUAUUUCUGAUAAUCCUAUUUGUGAAGUGUACCUGUCUUCCUUUUCCGUCAUUUUCUGCACGCUCCCCCUCUGUCUGGCCGUAGAUAUCACCAUGGCUUUCCUUGCUCUGCUGUGAUGUGCAUACUCCGAGCCUGCUGCCCUCGGUAGCCCGUUCUGGGGAUGCAGGAUGUGCUGCCUCCUCAGAACUGAGGGCCUCUGCUCUGGAGUUACCCAGCCAUCCUUCUCAAAGUGACUGUUUCAGCUACGAUAAGUUACAUGUAUUUUAUAUUCUUGGUUGAAAUAAAAUUUAAUUAACUUUG